AUGUCCACCGCCAACAGUAAUCAGGGUACACCCUCCAAACCUUCUGCUGCCAGAACCGCCGCUCCAGACCUCGUGGCCACUGUCCAGACGCUACAGUUUGCGUGGUUUGUGGGCCACGCGCUUACAUUGAUAUCGUCUGUGUUUUUCUACUUGACGUACGUGAGAGUGUUCCCUUCUGCGUACGGUUUCUGGUACAAGGCUGCGCUCUUUGGUGUCAUUGAGAGCUUUGGGGUGCUCAUCUAUCAGUCCGUGUCCAAGAAUGGCUUCGCCGUGAUGCAGUUGUUGCGCGACAGCAACGUGCAAUAUUUGGCGUUGGCAUUGGCGCUUUUCGUGUAUAGUCCGUAUGUGGCCUUGACCUUGGCCACGUUUCUCUUGUUCUCCACGUUCCACGUCUUGUCCUACGUGAAACACAACUUGUUCCCUGCGCUUGCCAUUCCUGAUACCCAUCCUGUUUCGGUGAAGAUUGGCGAGUUCAUCGCUGCCAACAACAACCGUUCCAUUGCCUUGGCGUCCGUGUUGGAGGUCUACACUGGCGUGUGGUUGUUUGUGCGCUUGGUCACCUUCAGAGCCAACUCGUUGGUUCCUUUUGUGGCCUACGCUGUGUUCCUUAAGUUGCGCUUCGAGAAGUCGCAGUUCACCCGCAAUGCAUUCAAGUCCAUGGAGGUCAAGAUCGAUGAUGCUGUCAAUGCUAGUGGGCAGCCUGUUGCCAAGGAUGCUUGGGUCUCCAUCAAGGGCGUGUUCUAUCGCAUUGGUGCUUUCUCCUUGACCGGUGGUGAGCCAGCUCAGAAGUCUACCUAG